AUGUUCUCCAGUACUGUGGCCCGUCCACUACAGCUGGUGACUCGGUUCAUGCAGUGGGCCAGUGCAGUCAUCGUGAUGGGUAUCACCUCCUACUUCAUCCACAAGGGACCUCGCGGCCAGCACACCAUCUACUGGGAAGUCAUUUCGACCAUGUCUGUUGUCUUCUUCCUGCCCGCCUUUAUCUCGCCGUUCAUGCCCAAUGCCCUGAGCAAGUUUGUCUUGAUCAUCGAUGUCAUCUUCUCGUACCUUUGGCUCACGGCUUUCAUCUUUGCCGCGCAAGACUACAACUGGCACAACUGCGGCGCCAACUCUCCCCCCGGCCUGUCCUGCUCCAAGAAGAAGGCCAAUGAAGCCUUCAUCUUCCUGACCUUCAUCUUCACCUUCUUCGCCAUCUUCCUCGAAGUCGGUGCCCUCUGGGCCUACCGUCGCGAGAGCACCCCAGUCCGGGAGAAGAACACCGGUGGCGCCCACGGCGGUCCUGCUGACGCGCCUGUGGCCACAGCCUAG